AUGUCUGCAUCCGUCGACAACUCAACCUGGGGCGGCGCCGGCGCUUGGGGCGCCAAUGGCGACGACCAGUGGGGCUCCGGAGGUGAUGCUUCCCGCGGCUUCAACGCCGACUCCGAUGGCGGCCCAUGCACCACCUGUGGCGAGACUGGUCACACCAAGCAUGACUGUGCGAAGCCCAACAUCUUCCCAGGCGCUUGCAACAACUGUGGCGAGGAUGGCCAUAUGGCCCGCAAUUGCCCCCAGACUCUUGUCUGCCGCAACUGCAACAAGGAGGGCCACAUGGGCCGGGACUGCCCCGAGGCCAGCACCAUGGAAUGCCGCCGCUGCGGUGAGACUGGACACAUGGCCCGAGAGUGCCCCAUCCCAAUGACUUGCCGUUCUUGCGGCAAGCCGGGCCACAUGAGCAAGGAGUGCCCCGACAAGCCCGCUCCCGUCUGCUUCAACUGCCAGGAGGAAGGCCACUCUGCCAAAGAGUGCAAUGCACCUCGCAAGGUCAACCGCGCCGACGUCCCUGACGUCGCCAGCAACGAGGCCUGGGAGAAGAUCAAGGAGGCCAUCAAGGAGCGCGAUCUUGACGACGUCAAGGAGGCUGUCCAGAUGUAUGUCAAGUCUCUCCCCGAGACCACCUACAUGGAUCUCGAGGAUGGCUUCCGCGCUCAGAACAUGGGCCUCUACCUCAUCGGCAUUGAGCGACCUCACCUCGCUCCGACCUUGACCAACAUGGAUCUCCAGGGUCACCUUGACAAGAAGUACACGGUCACUUAUCGCUUUUCCGAUAAGCCCCCCCGGCCUCGCGAGCGCGAUGUUUGGCCCGCCAGCCCCGAGGAGAACAAGGAGCGUCUUGCUGAUGGUGGCGAGGUGGUUGAUCGCGGUAUCCCCAAGUGCAGCAACUGCGAAGAGCUUGGCCACACCUCCAAGAACUGCACUGAGGAGAAGCGUGAUAACAUGGACAAGGCGGUUGUCAAGUGCUACAACUGCGACGAAGAGGGUCACCGCGUUCGCGACUGCCCGACUCCCCGUGUCGACAAGUUCGCUUGCCGCAACUGUGGUAAAUCUGGUCAUUCUUCCAAGGAGUGCACCGAGCCCCGCGAUCCGAGCACUGUUGAGUGCCGCAAGUGCAACGAGAUGGGCCACUUCUCGAAGGACUGCCCCCAGGGCGGCGGUGAUCGAAGCUGCCGCAACUGUGGCCAAGAGGGCCACAUGGCUCGGGACUGCACCGAGCCUCGCAAGCUGAUCUGCCGCAACUGCACCAAGGAGGGCCACCUCUCUCGCGAGUGCCCCGAGCCUCUUGACACCUCCAAGGUUCAGUGCCGCAACUGCGACGAGUUUGGCCACUUCUCCAAGCAGUGCCCCAAGCCUCUUGAUUUGACCAAGGUCAAGUGCUCCAACUGCCAGGAGAUGGGUCAUUUCAAGUCCAAGUGCCCCAACCCUCUCGCUCCCGAGGAUGAUGGCGGCUUUGGCGGCGGCGGUCGCGGCGGUCGCGGCGGCGGCCAUUCUUCGGGCUUUGGCCAUGGCGACACCACCGGCGGCGGCGGUUGGGAUCACGGUUCUGGUGCUGCUGCUGGCGACGGCGGCGGCGCCAAUGACGGCUGGGGUCAUGGUGCUUACACCGAGACUGCGGCUGACGACGGCGGCGGCGGUAACUGGUAA